GUCGACUGAAGCUGCUCUCACUUUUCUCCCUCAUCACAACCUGCCCUUGCAUUUUAUCUCGCACCUGCUCCUCUCUGUCCUAGUUGGCCAUAGCACACUCUACCAUGGGCUACUAUCGAGCAGUCAGGCUGCGGGCAUCUGUCCUUUGCUCGGGCCUCAGAGAUAUGGCGAACGGCGCUGCACCUCUGAUUCGUCUUCAUGUACAAUGAGGCGCAAUGAAUGGCCUCGCCUCUUGCAGCGCCCACGCCCCAGGUCCGACAGAGCCCAAUAGCCGCUUAGCUCUUUGGAUGCACCAUUUGACAGGCCAAAUUUCCUGGUGAUGGGUUCGUGCAAUGCCCCGUCCUUAGCCUCUCGGCUUGCUGCCUGAUCAACUUCAUUCCAGCCUCAAGGCGCACCAUUUGGUCUACCAUCAAGAUCAACAACCCCUUUUCAACCCUCGAAGCAUACGCUGACGAGGAAUGCUUCUGCAUAGCCAGUCGAGAUGUCUCAAAUAUUCGGAAAAGUGACGAACGCUGUGUUAUCUGGCACAAACGAAAACUCCUUUUCCCUGGCUAAUCUGAACCUGGGAUUUUCCCUCGUCAAGCUUGAGGCACCCGCCGAGUUUCAUCCCCUCGGAUCCGCCCUGUCGAUUCAGCGCAGGGAAACGGCCGAAACGGGAUCGCAUCAUCAGACCGCUCGUAUGCUCGGAGCACUGUUCUCCCAGGUCGCACCCAAUGCUCCCAAGCUGCUUCGAGCUUUUGGUCAAAGAGUUUCGGAAAUCAUCAAGUCCCCAGGUGCUAAUCCCACGGGUACGUUCGAAGAUGGCCCGUUCAAAGACUCUGUCGGUGCGGAUGCGACCUCUAUCUGGGCAGCCGCGACUUCUGGCUCGGCGUCCCUGGCAGUAUUGCUGUUAGCCUGCUUGUUGGCCAGAAAGUUUGACGACCCGAAACUGAGCGUUGCCAUUUGGGUAGAAAUGGUGGCAAUCCGCCAAAAGGAAGUGCUCGAAACCGCCCAAUCGACCGGUUUCGCCAUGAACGAGGCAGUUAUUGCAGCUCAGCAAAGGAUCCUGCGCGAAGACUUGGCUACUUUUGAUGCAAGCGUCCGUGCUUGGCUGAUCACGGCUGACCAAGUAAUGGCCAAAAAAAUCAAGCAGCUUAGGCUGAUCUUGGACAACCUUACCACUCUACCAGUUAGCGUUGGCAAAGACACGUACGCGAAAAUCAUCAAUGCAUGGAAGGGAGCAAUCGAAGGCUUUGAAGCUCUACUGGAAGGGAAACCGCAGAAUGCUACCGACAGCUCCGUCUUGCUGGCUUUAUCAGCUUGGCACCUGUAUCCUGAUCUAAUCGUCCUCGCCUCAGAGACAAAAAAGGUGGUCUUCCGGGACUCGUUAUUCUCACAUUCUGUUGCGAUCACCGUGGGAUUAUCGCUCAGAGACAACGACCAGGUAUCUCCAGGGUUCAAGUGGUCAUUGGCUCUUUCUCAUCUCAGGUAUUACGGUGAACCAGUCAGCGUUCAGACGGAUCAUGACAACUACCGAAUCACGAUGGACGAGCUUUGCCUCAUCGCGUUUGGGUCUUUACUUGCGCACUGGCGUCUACCCAACAGAAUCAUGAUCGAUGUUGCCUCUUGGUUCUGUUCCCUCUACGGUAUACUACAGAGAUAUUAUGGCGAUGAUCUAUCUCCUGGCGGCGACUGGAGCGGUCACCCGGGCUUUCUCUGGUUACAGCCCCUUAUUAACGCCUCAAAACUCCUGGUAAACAGGUCUGAGGAUGAUUCUGCGAACUUUGAGAAACUCGUUGGGUACGGUCGCAGACGGGGAAGAGAUAUCCUUGGCCAUUCUCGGGUCCCGGGCAACAGCCCAUUCUUCGGGAUAUGCAAUCCAUACGUUGCAAAAGGUCUGGCAACGCCUGUUGCCACUGAAGAAUAUCUCCAUCAGUCCCGAUCAUUGGUAGAAGGCUCCAAAAUUGCAACGUUCGCCGUCUUUCAGUACUGGGAGACGAUUGCAGGCACGGAAGUGCUUGUUUUAGCUACCGCCACUCCCUACACCUGGCUGCCGCAUUGGUAUUCUGCAGCUGAAGGACAGCAACAGCAGAAGCUCCAUGCGAGGUGGGUUGUCACAGACUCUUCAGACCACCUGGCAGCAUUCAAACAAAGACUGAACCUUUACCGAGCAUCGUCCUCGGAGAUUAUUGGAUCAAUUUCCCGAAAUAGGCGCCACAGUAUCAGUGGAGAGUUGGCCCUUCAAUUGCACGUUCCGCCAUCUUCAUUCUAUUUGUUGGGCCCUACCCCUGCCCCAUUACAUGCCUUAUUCAAAGAACAGUCCUUCUGGAUUGAUAGAGGUUCUUUCGGGCAUGAGCUCGAUGGCAUACAAAAGCGUCAUGCGACCACCGCAGGUGAUAAUCAUUCAGAGCAAUGCCUGAACCUGGAUCCCUGGAUUUCAAGUUACAAGAAUAAUCCUGAGAUAAAUCUACCGGGAAGCUCCCUGUUUUGUCCAGUAUGGGCUCUUACCUCUAAACCGGGCAUCAGCCUCUUUGCUGUUUAUGAGAGUGCUUCGGUUUAUGAGAAUCAGUUGGAAAGCCUAUCCUCCCUACAAAUUUCGAACUUGGAGGCGCGGAACGUGGAAGAGACGCUGCAACACGUUCGACUGGAGAACUUUUGCGAGGAGAAAGUUGCCCGUUAUUUUAAGGAUGUGACUGUUCGGAGAGGUCACAACGACCACAAUUUCGAAGACUCAAGAGGUGACGUCGAAUUUCUCUCGCGAAGCUAUUUUUCAUCUAGCGCCUUUGAAUCUCUCCAUUAUUUGGGGUUGAUGUCACAACUCUACGCACAGUUCCCCUCGGCAACGUUUCCCAUCAAAAUCGUGGAAAAGCAAUUCAAUCUCGCCCAAGUCUGGGAAGAGAGCGCGUCCUGCGGGUGUGUGCAUUUGGAGGAUCUCUCAAUGCAAGAGGCUUUACAAGCCAUUUGCGUGAUGGAGGCUGGAGGCGUUGCACAUAGUCACUUUCGUUUGAAUCGCGCCUUUGCAAUAGCUGCUGGUAACUCUAUAUUCGUCGCAGAAUCGCUGCUUUCGGAGCCGUCGCGACACCUACCGGGCUAUGCAAUUCGGAGGAUUGUCGGCAACCUUGGCCUCCCUGGAGUCUCUAUUCUGGUCAGCCCAGAAAGUGCGCGUGUGAAGGAGAAGACCAGAGACUUUCGAGCAAUCGAACAUGCUCCGUACAAUUACAGACGGGAAGACAACUUCGGCGCCACUUCGUUGCAUCUUUCGCUGACGGAAUGGAAAGUCCCCCUUGCUUUCCCCAGCGACGGGAUCGGUAAUAUCGACCAGGAUAUCUUCCUGGUCGAAGCAGUGGUGUCGGUAUACGACAGAGGUCGUUGGUAUGGAGACAUCGAUAUCCUCGGAGGUCUUAAAAGACUUAAGAUUUGUCCCAUUAGCGCCCACUGCGAGUGCAGGAGAAAACAGGCGCGAUCACAGCUGGAAAUCAUCAGCAUCGACAACUUCGACGAGCUCCUGGAUCCUCCAGAUGGUGUGGGAAUAUUCCGAGCACACGAGAAUUGGUCUGCGAGGUUGGCUGGAGUCUGCAUAGCGAAACAGAUGCUAGGCGCCGAGAGAGUAUGGAUAGCAGGAAAUGACGAAAUAUGCUGGAACUGCCUUGAGUCAGAUUUUGAACGGUCUCGCAAUCUGAGAGAAGGUGUGCGAGGAGGAGACAGCGAGUCUGAGGAAGGAGAGUGGGACGCCGAAGAGGACGAUGGUGACGUCGGCGUCGACAUCAUAAUCGACUAAGUGAGAGGAACGAGGAAGAACUGGAGGUCUCAAGAUGAGUUGAGACGGAGGAUUUGUACCUCAAGACCUUCUGGGAUGAGAAGGUCUUGUUGAUCCCCAACUGGUGCAUUAGAUACCCUGUUCCAUGGAGAUGCCAGGCGGCAAACGAGGACGAACACACAGAAAGCAACAACUGCUCUUCUUAUUUCACAUCCCGUUGUUCCUCACCCUGCACACCCCCUCCUCUCGUGUACCCUCCCAGGUCGCUAGC